AUGAAUGUUCGGGUGUAUUAUACACUGCUUUUUGCCCUACAAAUAAAGAGGGUCAAAAGGGACAAUGUGCGACAAAUGGUGAUAAAAUUAGUGCUGAAUUUUAGUGAUCACCAUAUACGUAAUCUAUAUAAAUUACUUAAUGAAUUAUGUACUCUAAUUACUAAAUAUAACCAAGAUAGAUCAAUUCCAGAAGCAUAUUUAGAAUAUGCUAAUAAAUGUGCUGAAACAUAUAAAAAUCUUGUUACGAAAGUCUCUGCGGUUAAAAAUUACGAUUCAUAUUGUGAUGUGCUGUCUACUUUAAAAAGUGAAUAUGAUAAAUUUAAAGAAGAAAAUAAAGAUCCAGAAUGUCAACUUCCUGAAUUUGAUGGAAUAGAAAGUUGUAAGGAUUUAUGUAAACAAAAAAAACAAAAAGCAGAGAUUGAUAAUAAUUCAGGAGAUGGACUGGUUGAUGGGAAAGUGUAUAUAGAUGGAGGAUCAGAUGAUAAUCAAAGAAAUUAUGAAGAAUCAAGAAGUGGACAAGGUGCUACAAAUAGUGUUCCAGGAGAAAAUGACGCUCAAAAUACACCAGGAAUAACUUUUGAUAUUGGUCGGUCCGUUUUUACGAGCGUAUUAAAUAGAACUUUCAAUUUUGCUGAAACAUAUAAGGAAAAAAUUAUAAAUAUCUCUAAAGGAAUCCCUGGUGUAUAUAAUAAAACAUUAAAUAAUAUAAAAAAUGGUUUCAGUAAAUCUAUUAAUUUUUUUAAUGAAAUUAUUGGGAGUAUAAGAUCCAGCUCUAAAAAAGUAGAAAUAUCUGGUGAUUCAGGCGAUAAAAGACAUGGAUUAGAAGGCACAAGGGAUAAAUCGCCCACAUCUAAUGACUCACCAUCGCCUCAAGAAACUCCAUCUAAAACUUCAUCACCAUCAAGUUCUACGGAACAAACUAAAACAUCAGAAUCGUCUCAGGGCCCAUCUGAAAAAAAAAAUUGUGAUAAAAAAAGUCAAGAACCUCAAGCACCAGUGCCCAAAUCAGUGUUUAAACUAAAAAAUCCAAUAACCGAAGUAACAGGGAAUGGAACAAAAGGAAUAGAUGUUAAUAUACUCAAAAGAUACAAACCAAUUGGAGUUUCAAUUAUAAUGUUUUUAAUACCCAUUACUUUAUUAAUUUUAUACAAGUAUUUUUCAUUUGGAUGGAGAAAGGAAUUGAAGAAAAAAAAAAACAUGAAAAAGGUUAUAAAUAUGUUUGGUGUAAAUGAAGCGACAAAAAGAGUUAUAAACACAACUGAUCGAAAAAAACAAGUGCAAAUAAUUAUAAAUUCAUCUACUCAAAAAAAACAGAAUAAAAAGUUUACAAAUUCAUCUACUCAAAAAAAGCAGGAUGAAAGACUUACAAAUUCAUCUACUCAAAAAAAGCAGGAUGAAAGACUUACAAAUUCAUCUACUCAAAAAAAGCAGGAUGAAAGACUUACAAAUUCAUCUACUCAAAAAAAGCAGGAUGAAAGACUUACAAAUUCAUCUACUCAAAAAAAGCAGGAUGAAAAGCUUACAAAUUUAUCUACUCAAAAAAAGCGGAAUAAAAAGCUUAAAAAUUCAUCUACUCAAAAAAAGCAAGAUGAAAGACUUACAAAUUCAUCUACUCAAAAAAAGAAGACUAAACAGUUUAUAAAUUCCAUUUAUUGGGAAAAAUAUCCAUUAUUAAAUAUACAUAAACUUAUGAAGACCGAUUCUGUACCAUUUGUUAUUUUAUUUUUGUUUAUUUUUUAUGUUUAUAAAAAAAAAGGCUAUUGUUUAGAAUAA